AUGACCAAUCCGAGCCGUGGUUCUAGGCACUUGCUCGCUGGACAUAAUGAGGUUGACCGAAUUCGCCAUUCAAUGGACGCGAAUGUAUCCGGCCUCCGACCGAGUGAUCUCAGUAGAGAACAACUGCGCUCUUCGACCAGGAUAUCACCACCUCCUCUGAAACGUCAGCGCGUAGACACCACUGUCUCCAACGUGCUUCCAAAGAGGCCAAGCUUGACUGAUGUUCCUGCACAACCAUCCUUACGUCCUGGCAAAGUCGAGUGUCGCCCUAACACAUCCUUCAAUUCUGGUUCAUCGAGUAAGCGUACAUGUCGCGUAUGCGAAAAGGCAUCUGCUACCAAGUAUAACCCUAUCAUUACUUGUCCGUCCUGUCAAAGGCCAUAUCACGAUAGCUGUCGAAAACCGCGCCUAGUCGAAGGGGUAGACCCGAAAUGUUGGAAAUGCUGGAAAUGUCAAAGCAAGACUUCGAAGCGUAAGCCAACCAGUUUUGCUGCUUCGCGAGCUUCCCUAUCGUUUUCCAAGGCAGCUUUCGACGCCCAAGUAUCGUCAGAAGGGAGCGUUAAAGUCGCAACAAAUGUAGACCCGGAUGUAUUAUCGCGUUUGAAUAACAUCCACGUUCGGCCUGAUCAUGUCGUGGCUAUGGCUGCGUCUGACAACUGCAAUCACGCAAUUCUGGACGCGACUCAUGGUUCAAAGCCACCUUCAAUAAAUCUGUCGGUUUCUGAACGCAAAGAUGAACAAGGAGAGCAUUCUGAUGGGACAUGCAAUGACCGGAGAAAUUUCAUCAUCGAUGAAAAGUCUAGCACGACUUUGUUGGACAAGUUGGUUCCUGCAGUCGAUAAUGAAGAACCUGGAAUGUCUAUUCUUCAAUUCAAAGAGCCGAAGGCUACACUGAAACCCCCCGAACCAGUUCCUACCACGAGAAUAGAACGCACAGAAAUUCCGAACACGCCCACACAACGCUCAAGUCAAAUAUACAUACCCGAACUGAGUCCUCGCAGAUUGCCAUCGCUCGACGACGAUGUGUUUGGUGCAGAUGACAACUCGUUGUUGGUUGAAAACCUUUUAGCUGAAGGAACUUCUUCUAAUGCAGUGUCGUGCUCGCGGUGUCAGAAACACCAGCUUUUCGCAAAGAGAGGCAGCAAGCCCUUGACGUGUAAAACUUGUCAUAGUCGGUCAUUCACUGCUGACGCAGGACCGCUGGUAAUACCAGAAUCACCCGAUGUGACGUCCUCUGAUCGAGCGAAGACACAAAACAGCUCUCAAGCUCAGGGCCCUACGUCCAGCACUUCCAACCCCACCCCCGCAGCAGGCCCUGCUUCAAGUUUAGACUCACAGCCAGAGCUGAUCGAGGAUACUCACUAUGCAGAAAUAUCUCGCUUGUCCUGCAAAUUGGAAGAACCCUCGAUCGAAGAGGACACCACGGACGUGGUUCAGACUGUCGACCGGGCCAAAGAAGCAUCCACUUCAAAUGCAGAUGAGGGAAGCAGGACGCAUUUGGUCGAAGAAGGUCCGGGCGAUUCAUUAUCAUAUUCGAUCAUCACCAGAGACAUGUCUGUGAAGGAGGAGCCCGAAAAUACUAUCACUCGAGUCGAGAAUGUUAGCCAGUCGUCACCUUUACCUAGAGCUGGACGGGCAAAUACGAGCGUACCUGACGAGUCGACCGCCGACCUCUCCAGACACACCACUUCUGCUACACUCAUCGGCACCAUACCCAAUGCUCGAUCGCCUCUGGCAUCUCGAGUUUCUGGAAGCCCAAUAUGUGCUGCCACUGCUGCAAGUGUUGCCGAAAGUAACUAUACUAAUCGCGAGUUGACGAGAAUAGCCUUAGUCGCUGCAAAUGGCUUGCCUUUGACUACAGCAGAGAUCGUUGCUUGGAUACUACAAACAUUACCUCAUUUGCGCAAAAAAGGCGAGGGGUGGGAAAAGAGCAUCUCAGCAACUGUUUCGAAAUUUGAUGAGUUUACAAGCUCCAAUAUUGUUGGGAGUUUGAAGAAGCAAUACAUGUUUCGCAGCGCAAGUCUGAGGGCACAGUACGAGAAAGAGUAUUCUCGAUACCAUACCAAACCCGGAUAUCCUACUGCGCAAUCUGGCUCACCAUCAGCAACGGUCGAUCAUGACGAUGUCACUGUCCAGCCUUGUAAGGAAGACAAAAAACCAUCCAGGAGAGCUGUGAAAAGCGCUCCAACUCAAACUACCCGCGAUCGUAUCAAAGAGAAGCGAUCACAACCUGUAGUACUUAUAGCUAGAAAAAGCGCUCCCACAAAAGUUACUGCUGCACUACAAAAACUCGACCUAGCCCCCAGACUUAGCCGAUCUAUGAAAGCAACACAUCCGAAGGACAACAGAAGUGAUGACCCACAGUUCAUACCUUUCGAACGCUCCGCAUCGUGUCAACCACGACACACAAUUGGCUUCAAUCACGGAAUGAAACGAGGAACAAGUCCACAAUACUGGAAGUCGUCAAUCGAGACAAUGACCCAGGCGGACAUUGAUGAGAAAAUUGCAGAGAUCAAGACAAGGCCUCCAAGAAAAAAAUUCUUCGGCCCGGAUUAUCGGCUAGCCCAUGUGCGAAGAUAUGGGAGACAGGAUGUACAUGACGAGCGUGAGGGCAUGUGGAAGCACGUCCUCUCAAAUAGAAAUGAGGUGAUGGAGAGAGAUGAAGAAAACUGGACCUUAAGGGAGGUCUUCAGCUUGCCUAAGAACGCAAUUCCGAUGAAUGAUGGACAAAGUGAACUCGCUUUUCGAGACGGUACCCUCGUGAACGGAAGGCUGCCGCGACCACGACAGAUAUACAAAGUUGGCAAGAUGUUUGGGGGGGAAUUGACUAUCCGGACAUCUUGA